AUGGAUUAUCAAUGCGUUGUCGUCUACACGGUUAUCAACAUCGCGCCGCCCAAACUCGCCGCCCAAGCAACGCACUUGGGCAGCGGAUGUGUGGACUGGAUUAAGAACAAAAUCAAAAGAGCGGUAGCAGUAUAUCUUCAAUCUUUGAAGCUCACUCCAAACAAUGGUAUCGUACACGGAAACUUGGCAUGUUUAUACUACAAACAAGGUUUCAUAGAUCUCGCCAUAGAAACGUAUAGAAGGGCCAUAGAGCUACAUCCAAACUUCCCGGAUGCCUACUGUAAUUUAGCUAAUGCUCUUAAAGAGAAAGGACUUGUUUCUGAAGCUGAGGAGUGCUACAGUCAAGCGCUAUACUUAUGUCCUUCGCACGUAGAUUCACUUAAUAACUUGGGAAAUGUGAAAAGGGAACAAGGAAAAUUAGAUGAAGCGAUCAGCUUAUAUAUGAAAGCACUAGAGGUGUUUCCCAGCUUUGCAGUUAGUCAUAGCAAUUUAGCAUCGCUAUUACAACAACAAGGUAAACAUCAUGAAGCGCUCAUGCACUAUCAAGAAGCCAUUACUAUUCAGCCAGAAUUCGCCGAUGCCUAUAGUAAUAUGGGGAAUGCACUCAGAGAAUUACAAGAGAUGACUGGAGCCAUUAAGUGUUUUAAAAAAGCUAUAGAAAUAAAUCCUUUGUUUGCAGACGCUCAUUGUAAUCUAGCUAGCAUCUAUAAAGAUACGGGAGAUAUCACAGAGGCUAUAAAGUCUUAUAAGAACGCUUUGUCAAUUAGAGACGAUUUUCCCGAUGCUUAUUGUAAUUUAGCACAUUGCUUACAAGUAAUCUGCGAUUGGGAUAACUACGAAGAACGCAUGCUCUCGAUCGUUUCAAUAGUUGAAGAACAACUUAGAGGUGAUAAACUCUCAUCGGUACAUCCACAUCAUUCCAUAUUAUAUCCAUUAACGAAUAAGUCUAGAAGAGAAAUCGCUGAGCGACACGCAAAUUUGUAUUUUGAAAAGGUGAAGAGAUUGAAGAGCGCGAAGAUUUCAUCCGAAAAAUGUGAUCGGAGAUUGAGAAUAGGUUAUGUCAGCAGUGACUUUGGAAAUCACCCUACAUCGCACUUAAUGCAAUCAGUGCCAGGCUUGCAUGACACUACCAAGUUUGAGAUUUUCUGCUACGCGCUAAAUCCCGAUGACGGCUCAACAUUCCGUAGUAAAAUAGUUAAAGAAUCAGAACAUUUUGUCGAUAUAUCUAUGAUUAAGUGCAAUAGUGAAGUAAUUAGGAGAAUUCGUAACGACGGUAUACAAAUACUAGUAAAUAUGAAUGGUUACACCAAAGGGUCCAGGAACGAAAUAUUCGCUUUAAAACCAGCACCGAUACAAAUUAUGUGGUUAGGGUAUCCGGGCACAAGUGGUGCCUUAUACAUGGAUUAUAUUGUUUGCGAUAAAACUUCAUGUCCAGUAGAUAGCGAAAAUGAUUUUAGUGAAAAAUUCGCCCAUAUGCCGUAUACGUACUUCGUCGGAGACCACAAAAGGAUGUUUCCACAUUUAGAGAAACGUUAUAGAAUAAGGACCAAUAGUUUUAACAUAUUGAAUGAAAAUAUAGCAGUAAUAAAUAGCAAAAGUGAUUUAGAUGAAUAUUUGUGUGUGGAUAAAGAGAAGUCAAUUCUAUUUUAUGAUAAUUAUAGUACAAUUGAAGUAUUAGAACGUGUUAUAAACAUUCCCAAAUGUGUUAUAGAGAAUACAUCUAACUCUAAGCAAACAAAGGUUAAUAUUGGCGAUGUAUCUUUAUUAAAUGGUUUAUCUGUAUUUAAAUAUGAUGCCAAAGUUUCGAGUGGAGAAGAAAUUUGUGAUAAAAUUGUAAUUACUUCAAGAUCUCAAUAUGGUUUGCCCGAUGAUGCAAUAGUGUAUUGUAAUUUCAACCAAUUAUAUAAAACAGAUCCUAGCACGUUAGAAAUGUGGGUUAACGUUUUGAAACAGGUGCCAAACAGUGUUCUGUGGUUAGUAAGCUUUCCUGUGGCAGGGGAACCAAAUAUUCAUAAAUUCGCACAAAAUUUAGGAUUAGCUCCCAGUAGAAUAAUUUUUUCAAGAAUAGCGUCCAAAGAAGAGCACGUGCGACGUGGUCAAUUGGCGGAUGUAUGUCUGGACACGCCAUUAUGCAACGGACAUACGACAACUAUGGAUAUGUUGUGGGCUGGUACCCCAGUUAUCACUUUGCCUGGAGAAACAUUAGCGUCUAGGGUGGCUGCUUCACAAUUAAUGGCUUUAGAUUGUCCUGAACUCAUAACACGAAGUAGACAACAAUAUAAACAAUUAGCCAUUAAAAUAGGGACCGAUGAACAGUACCGCAAGUAUCUGAGAGCAAAAUUUGGAAUCACUUUACACGAAGAUGUGGCAGAAUUACAAAGAUGGAAAAGCUCCGGAGCACAUAAGUGCAUAGUAGUUUUCCUGUCCGAGAAUUGCCGUCCGGAUAAUUUCAGAAGAUGUUGUACUCAAAUUGAAGAGACGCUAGGGUCAUUUUUAUUUGUCACAAGACCUGUAGCAAUGUGA